AUGGACGCAAUGAUAACAGCCGCGGCUCCUGAGCCCGAGAAGCUCACCGAGGAUGUCGAGAACCUGAGUUUGUCGCCAUUCGGUGUCGCCAGGUCCUCUGUCAAUGAGUCGCCGCUCACCGGAGAUGAAGUGCGCCUCAUGACCGACUACUUCCAUGCCUCCAUGUACAUGUGCUUGGGCAUGAUCUACUUGCGAAGGAACCCUCUCCUGCGCGAUCCGUUGACAGUGGAGCACGUCAAGCGCCGACUCUUGGGUCACUGGGGAUCUGACGCUGGCCAAUCAUUCACAUACAUUCACAUGAACCGCUUGAUCAAGAAGUAUGACCUCGAUGCUCUUUUCAUUUCCGGUCCCGGUCACGGUGCGCCCGCCGUCCUUUCCAACUCCUACCUUGAGGGUGUCUAUUCCGAGGUCUAUCCCGACAAGAAGGAGGACGAAGAGGGCCUGAGGAGGUUCUUCAAGUACUUCUCAUUCCCUGGCGGUAUUGGCUCGCACGCUACUCCUGAGACUCCCGGAAGCUUGCACGAGGGAGGAGAGCUCGGAUACUCGAUCUCUCACGCUUUCGGUGCGGUCUUUGAUCACCCAGAUCUGAUUGCGCUUACAAUGGUUGGUGACGGCGAGUCUGAGACCGGUCCUUUGGCUACGAGCUGGCACUCUACCAAGUUCCUCAACCCGAUCACAGACGGAGCUGUGUUGCCCGUUCUGCACUUGAAUGGAUACAAGAUCAACAACCCUACGGUUCUCUCUCGUGUAAGCCACAAGGAGCUCGAGGCUCUUUUCGUCGGCUACGGAUGGACGCCCUACUUCGUGGAGGGCAGCGACCUACCCUCGAUGCACCAGGCUAUGGCCGCCACGUUGGAGCGCUGUGUCACGAAGAUCAGGGAAUAUCAGAAGGAGGCUCGCGACUCUGGUAAGGCUUUCAGGCCUCGCUGGCCUAUGAUUGUCCUCCGCACACCUAAGGGCUGGACUGGUCCUCGCAAGAUUGGCGAGCACUACUCCGAAGGCUACUGGCGUGCUCAUCAGGUUCCAAUCACUGACGUCCUUACCAACCCUGAGAGCCUCAAGAAGCUUGAAGAAUGGAUGCGCAGCUACGAGCCUGAGAAGCACUUCGACAAAGACGGCAAGCUCAUUCCCGAGCUGAGGGAGCUAGCUCCCACAGGCAACAGGCGUAUGAGUGCCAACCCAGUCGCAAAUGGUGGAGUGCUCAGGAAGAAGCUUCACGUGCCAGACUUCCGCGAUUACAGCGUUGAGGUCAAGAAGGGCGGCGUGUCGAAAUUGGGUAGCAUGGCAAACUUCGCAGCCUUCCUCCGCGAUGUUGUUGCGCAGAACCCCAAAGACUUCCGUGUCUUCGGUCCCGAUGAGACACAAUCAAACAAGCUUGACAAGAUCUACGAGGCUGGUAAGAAGGUCUGGCUGGCUGACUACUUUGACGAAGACGAGGAUGGCGGCAACCUUGCCUUCGAGGGACGUGUCAUGGAGAUGCUCUCUGAGCACACAGUCGAGGGCUGGCUCGAGGGCUACAUUCUCUCAGGACGACAUGGUCUGCUCAACAGCUACGAGCCUUUCAUUCACAUCAUUGAUAGCAUGGUCAACCAGCACUGCAAGUGGAUCGAGAAGUGUCUUGAGGUUGAGUGGAGGAAGAAGGUCGCAUCCCUCAAUAUCCUCCUCACAGCCACCGUCUGGCGACAGGACCACAAUGGCUUUACACACCAGGAUCCCGGUUUCCUUGACGUCGUCGCGAACAAGAGCCCUGACGUCGUGCGCAUUUACUUGCCUCCCGACGCCAACUGCCUUCUCUCCACCAUGGACCACUGCCUUCGCAGCGAGAACUAUGUCAACGUCAUCGUCGCAGACAAGCAGGAGCACCUGCAGUUCCUCACCAUGGACCAGGCUAUUGCACACUGCUCUAAGGGUGUCGGCAUCUGGCAGUGGGCCUCCAACGACAAGGGUGAGGAGCCCGACCUUGUCAUGGCAUCCUGCGGUGAUGUCUCGACCCAUGAAGCUCUUGCAGCCACCGCUCUCCUGCGCACUCACCUGCCAGACCUGAAGAUCCGUUUCGUCAACGUUGUCGAUCUCUUCAAGCUGAUCGACGCAAGCGAGCACCCUCACGGUCUGCAAGCACACGAGUGGAGAGCAAUCUUCACAGAUAACGUCCCUUGCAUCUUCAACUUCCACUCAUACCCCUGGUUGAUUCACCGUCUGACAUACGGUCGUAAGGGCCAGCAGAACCUCCUCGUCUGCGGAUACAGGGAGAAGGGCAACAUCGACACACCACUUGAACUCGCCAUCCGCAACGGUACCGAUCGCUACAGCUUGGCCAUCAAUGCUAUCGACCGCGUUCCUGGGUUGGGUAACAAGGGUGCGGCAGCUCGCGAGACGCUCCUUAACGAGCAGAUCCGUGCAAAGAACUACUCUUACCAUGAGGGACUGGAUCCCAAGGAGAUUGAUGAUUGGGUUUGGCCUUUCUAG